AUGGGGCCAACACAUUUCUGGGAUACAACAACGAUCGAAUUCUACUACUACUACUACUCUACUUCUCCCUGGACGAUGAGCCCUUCCAUCGAUGAAUUGUUACGCCUAGAAACUUCACCAAGAAAAGUCAGUAUACGAGAUUUUACUGUGAAAAAUAGGCUGCUUGGUGCCGAGUUGCUGCAAGUUAUUCGUGGUCCAUGA